CAGCGUGCGCUACCUUGUUCGAAGUUAUAAAGACUACAUUUCCCAGAGUUCUCCACUGUAUUACUCGUGUCGCGCUGACCGGAGUGCAGUGUGGUUCUGUUUCGCGGAAUAUUUUAGAACAGUCCUGAGGACUCCAUGUGGCUGCAGGUUUUUGAGCCAACUAGUUUCACAAUCAAUCAUCAUGCCCAAACGGAGCUGCCCAUGGAGAGAGAGCAUUCCGGUGCAGAUGAAAAUGCAUGUAACGCAGAAGGAGGUGAAUGAGGGGGUUGCUAGGGAUGUCAACAUGAAGGCUGUCUAUGACCGUACUCGAGAACUCCUGUAUUCUGGGGCACGUUCCCUGAAGAACAUUAAUUCUGAAACUGGUGAAAUGAAAAUUGUUUUGCAAGAUCAACAGCAGCCCUUGUUGCAGGAACCAUCAAGAGGUCAACUUCGAUUGGGACCACAAGGCAAACUACUGAAGACACCCACUACUCAUGCUGUAGUAGAUCUGCCCCAGUCUUCCAACCUGGCAUGUGCUCUUUGCAGUCGACAAGCUGGUGCCUGUGUUGUAUGUGCCCAUUGUGAGAAAUCGGCUUGUAGGAACUGCCAGCGCUGCUGUUCACAGUGCCAGAGAGAUUACUGCUUCAUGUGUUGUGUUGUCAACUAUGAUGAACAGUAUGAGAGGUUACUGUGUGCAGACUGCCCUAGUCAGUGAAGAUAUUAUUAAACUGGUUAUUGAGGUGCAUUGCCUUAAACUCUCUUGGGUUAUAACAGAACUGCUGGGAUGAAUGUCAUCUUGCACAUCGGGAUUUGUUAUGCUCAUAAGACUAAUACUUUUUUUUUUUUAUACAGAAUCUGUGCACAUAAAGGCUAACAUUGUGUUAGCAUACAUACAUUUUCAAAAAUAUCAAGUAUAUCAGUUUAUAUAAACUGCAAAUCUUGUGGGUUUUUUUUUUUUGAUUUCUGUUAAUGUUUAAAAUUUACUUAAUGCUGUUUGUUCACAGGUCAUGCAUUUUAACAGCAUAACAUUUAUUAUAAACCAUACUGUUGGCUGUAUGUUGCAAAUAUAGACAUUAGGGCUGAACUGUAUAUAAAUCGAUUUAAAAAGUAAAACUAGGCUCUAAAUUAUUUAUCUAAAUAUAGAAAUUAUGAAAUUAGUUAAUUUCUGUGGUACUAACAAGCAUGAUUUCUGGCAUUCUUUUCCCUGGUAAUACAAACUCUAAUCAUUUCUGUUGUGAAUCACUAGAAUUCUAGUUUGGCACAGUAUAUGUGCCCAGGUGAAGUAUGCAGAAGAAGAUAAUGAAAAUCCUGUCUACUGAUGAACACACUUAUGACAGUUUUUGUAGUGUUUGGCAUUUAUUCUACUACAGUUCUAAAUUUUUCACCAAGUGUUGGGAGAAUAGACUUGAGAAAUUUUUAAGUCCAUGUCAUUGUUGAAUGUGCAGUAGCACAUAUCGGUCUAAUUGCAGAUUUCUCGUAGCAGACACCAUAAUGCAGUAUUUUAAAAAGAAGCAAGGAGUCCAUGGUUGUUCAUGGAUACCAGGUAAAAAUCCUGGCAGGUGAUACUGAGCAUUCCAAUUGUUUAAUGUAUUUAAAAACUUAUUUUUGUACCCCUUUUUCAAUAAAAUUAUAUUGAUGUAUCAAUGUUUUUGUAAUUUUAAUGCAAUUUGUUACAUGUAGGAAAAAGAUAAACGUACAAUAAAAUGAUUUAGUUUUUUUCAUAACGGUGUGGCUAUUAACUGUUAUGACACACUAGUAAAUGUAGAAACAUGUAUGGUUGGUUUUUAGUAAUUCUCUAAAGUGCAAUAUUAUAAGAAAGUGUUACUCUGGUUAAUGCAAU